AUGGACGACCCCUCCUCCGCGUCCUCGGCGUCGAAGGACAAUGCCGGUCCUGGCUCCAUGUCCAUGUCGCAUCAGCAACAGCCUAGCGGUACUGGUCCACUACAACCGCCCGUAGUCGCUACUGCUGCGUCCAUCGCGAGACCACAAGGUCACGAGCUUCCCUUCGUCACGCCCUCAUCCUACCUACGCCCAAGACCGCCCUCUGUGCUUCGCAAAAUGCCUGAAAAGCCCCCGAGCCCUCUCGAUAAGGACCAAAUGCAGGGUCUGAAAGCGAUCCGCGAGUUCCUCAAAGUUCGGACCAGCUACGAUGUCCUGCCGCUAUCCUUCCGUCUCAUCGUCCUCGACAAUGAUCUCUUGAUCAAGAAGAGUCUCAACAUACUCAUUCAAAAUGCAAUCGUUUCCGCGCCGUUAUGGGAUUCGCACAACUCGACCUUCGCUGGUCUUCUGACAGCUACCGACUACAUCAACGUCAUUCAGUACUACUGUCAAUUUCCUGAUGAGAUGAGCAAGCUGGAACAGUUUCGCCUGAGUAGCCUGCGAGAUAUCGAGAAGGCUAUAGGCGUAUCUCCGCUCGAAACAGUCUCUGUCAACCCCAUGAGACCACUCUACGAGGCCUGCCGCCGGAUGCUCAAGACCCGCGCACGACGAAUUCCUCUCGUGGACGUCGACGACGAAACCGGCCGUGAGAUGGUUGUCAGCGUCAUUACGCAGUAUAGAAUCCUCAAGUUUAUCGCCGUCAACAACGAGCAUAACACGGUGCUGCUGAAGAAGUCGCUGAGGGAGAUCGGUCUGGGCACAUACAAGAAGCUGGCAACGGCCAAGAUGGGCGAUUCCGUCCUGGACGUUGUAGACUCGAUGGUCAAGUAUAACAUCUCAUGUGUCCCUAUAGUCGACAAGCACAACCGGCUGCUCAAUGUUUUCGAGGCUGUCGACAUCAUUCCAUGCAUCAAGGGUGGCGCGUAUGAGGAGCUGUCCUCCAGUGUUGGCGAGGCCUUGUGCAGGAGACCCGAUGACUCCCCGGGAAUCUACACAUGCAGCCCUGACGACAGGCUAGACUCCAUCUUCGACACUGUCCGCAAGUCACGAGUGCAUCGUCUGAUCGUAGUGGAUGAUGAAAACCGGCUCGUGGGCGUGAUUUCCCUGUCCGACAUCCUCAAGUACGUUCUUCUGUACGGAGAGGAGGACGACACCAAAUGA